UGCUCAAAAUAUAAAAUCUAAUAAAACCACGAGUAAAAAUAAAGUUGAAAUAUUUGAGACGUUAAAUAAUCAUCGAGAAUGGAACACGAUCGAACGUGCUAAGCGUUCCUUGGACAAAAAAUCCAAUUACGUAGGCAUCAAAGAACAAGUUCCUUCUUCGAAAAGAUUCUAUCGUCAUCCAGGCCUAAGUUACGAAGAACAACAAAAUCAACUUGACCAUACAGUUCAAACGAAAAAUAUAAAUCAAAAUCUCGGAAGUGCGAUGAAUAAACUACUUGACACGUUCGAGUCAUCGCAACCAGGGACUACUAUCGAAUACCCAUCGAAAGAGUCCAGCAAACACAGUUACGUCCCAAUUUUUCCUAGCUGCGACGAUACUGAAAAUUUCGAAUCAAACGAUUCAGACAAUAGUACAAGAAAGAAUUUAAAAAAUCGUAGUAACGACAAAGUAGAUUUUGCAGAGACACAAGUGACCAAAGGUUUAGAAACUGAUAGAAAUGUGUUAAACGAAACGUUUCAGGAUACGAAUAAAUUACAGAGCUCGGUUAGACAGCAGAAAAAGGACAAUAGUUACAUCGAUAUACGGGAUCACCAGAAAAGUGUAGGAAAUGUAACAUCUUCUGCUAUUGCUGAGUAUAAUCCAAACAAAAUUCCAUACGUCGAGGUGCCGGAUUAUUCUGAUAUCAGAGAGGAAAGUUUAGACGAGGGAGAUCGUAAAGAGAAUGAAACUGGAACUGACUUUGUCGAUCCAGAAGUAUCCACUGAUCUUAAAGAAUCUGCUAAAUCACCCGAUGAUUCGUCCGAGGGAAGUGUAAAAGACAAAUCUAGAAAAAAUUCAAGGCAAAAUUUAAGUAAAGAAAGCAAGUCAGAUUUGACGAAUUUGGACAAAUUUUCCGACACUGACAAACCCGAUAAAGAUAAAACUAAGGAAAGCAAUUCAAAUUUUACAAACUCGGACAAAUCUUCGAAAACCGGCAAACAAGAUACAAAUAACGGAAAUAAAUCGUUGGAGGAUUUAGGGUUUAGACAGAAUUCAGAUAUCGAGGAUAACACGAAACCGAAAACAUCGAUAGGCUCCAAAGAGUCCUCUGAACUUUCAAAAAACGACGAACUUGAGGAGAACGAUAAAAAGAAUCUAUUUAAAGAUUUAAAGGAUGAUUUAAACAACGCCAACCUUAAGAAACUGGAAUGGAAAGAAAAUGCGAGGGAAGGGAAUGGCGAGCCACAGGAAGAUUCUGAGGAAACAGGGCAAGGGGAUUCUGAAAGUAAAUCGGGGCCCAUAAUUUUCGACAUAAACGAAUACAGGAAGCCAUUCGAUCUAGACGAAUUUCUUAAGGACGAUCCGAUAAUGAAAAAGUUGAAUCUGCUCGAAAAGGAGACGCGAACCAAGUACGGACAGAACGGGAAACGAGUUUCAACCGACUUUAACGAAUCCGAAAGUGAUAAUACGUUCAGGGAACGAGCGAAUGGCCGAGGGAAUUCAAAGGAGGUUCGAGACACUUUCGAUGAUUUACCAAGAUCGUAUAAAUCCAGUGACUUCGCUGAUAUGUUCGCAAAAAUCGACGAAGGAAACCACGAUAACCAAAACGAAGGGAACAAAGCGAAGAAAGGAACGGAAAAUGAUAAUCAGGAAAGUGAAGAGUUUAAUGAAGAGAAUAGCGACGAUGAUUUUUUGGCAAUUUUCAAGAAGAGCAAAGAGGAUUUUUCGUCUAAAUUUGAGAAAGAAGAACAUCGGGAUAAUGAAAGCGAAGCGAAGGAAGAGGCGAAGAAUGAUAAUGUGAAAGGUGAAGAUUCCGUAGAAGAAAACAAUAAUAAAGAUUCCCUGAUAAUUUUCAAACAGAACAAGUUAUAUCCUUUAACCAAAUUUGAAAACGAAAAAGUAUUUCCGUCUGGAUAUUUAAAGAACGAGGAGGACAAUAGAAACGUCGUAGAUCGUAGAAGGAAGAAUAACAAGUAUCAAGAAGACACGCACGACGUAUUGUCGACGAUCUUGAGCAAGAAAAGCCAGGUUUCGCGACUGGACGAGGACAUCGAUGGAAGGAUCGAAGACGGGGACGCUUACAAAAACUUCUGGUCCUUAGAAUAUAAAUCUCCGCGGUCGAGAGUCGACAUGGAGGCGCAAGAAAGGAGGAAAUAGCGGGAUAGCGAUUGAAAUCUUGGCGAGACGUCUCGCGUCUUCUGACAUUUUGACGU